AAAGUACCCCUGGAGCGCUCUCUCCUCUCGGCCUCACGGAGAGCAGCAGAGCGCGUGCGCACAUCGGCGCACAAUGUUGAGCAAAACGGACUAGAGCAGAAACGGAAAGACGCGCAAGCAAAUAAACAUAUUUUUCCCUUAGCGAAGUGAACGACUGUCGACCUAGAAUAUAACUUAUAAAAACAUGACGGAGCCCCAGUCAGCACUGUUACUCAGGAGACAGCUAGCAGAACUGAAUAAAAAUCCUGUGGAAGGUUUCUCAGCCGGUUUGAUAGAUGAUAAUGAUCUCUACAGAUGGGAAGUGCUAAUAAUCGGCCCUCCUGAUACACUUUUUGAGGGUGGUGUUUUUAAAGCCCAUCUUACGUUUCCCAAAGACUAUCCUCUCAGGCCUCCUAAAAUGAAGUUCAUAACAGAAAUAUGGCAUCCAAAUGUUGACAAAAAUGGUGAUGUUUGUAUUUCGAUAUUGCACGAGCCGGGGGAGGAUAAAUACGGCUAUGAAAAACCAGAAGAGCGCUGGCUCCCCAUUCACACCGUAGAGACCAUCAUGAUUAGCGUCAUCUCAAUGCUUGCUGACCCCAAUGGAGAUUCCCCUGCCAAUGUUGAUGCAGCAAAAGAGUGGAGGGAAGACAGACAUGGUGAAUUCAAAAGAAAAGUCGCCCGCUGUGUAAGACAGAGCCAAGAGACUGCCUUCGAGUGAUAUUCAUCUAGCAGCUUGUAGCUUCACUAUUUUCAGGGUCUCCAGUUGAGAAACAACAUGGCACUUUCUUGCACUCUACCAACUGGUUUUCAUUGAAUGUUGGCAGUAACAGACUGGCAUUAAUAGGCUGCAAUAGAACAUA